AUGCAAGUCGCAGCCUUCCUGUCCGACUUGAAAUCGCUGAGUAUAUGUUCCCAUGCCGCAGCUAUCGCAUUGGUGAAACCAGACGUCGGUGGGAUCAAAGACGAUUUAUCUGUCCAUACAGACCAGAAAUCAAGCGCUACCUCUGACAUUGAUCGAGACCUGCAGCGUGCUGAAGAGCUCGUCUUACUGCACUAUGAUGUGAAAGUCAAACAUCUCAAGUCUGGCCUGGGGCCUGAAAUUAUUGAGGCACGCAGGCGUGUGGAUGAAGUCAUGGCCGCUUUGUCUUGA